GGAAAAGACACAUUUCUUUCCAGAGUGGUGUUUUAUUGAGAUUGUUAGAGAAAGAGCAUAGCUUGUACAAAUUAAGUUCUUUCUCUGCAUUUGAUGUUGAUUCUGAAAGGAAAGCUUUACUGAGGGAAAAGAAGAGGAAAAUGACUUGGAAGAGUAAAGGGUAUGAGCCAUCUGCAAAGGGUGUGGUGUCAAGGAAAUGGGCUUUUCUGCUUUGUAUUGGGUGCUUCUGUGCCGGCAUGCUCUUCUCUGAUAGAGUAUGGGUAGAGCCUGAAGCUAAAGGUAUAUCACAAGAAGCAGAAGUAGAUGAAAAGCUAAGGUUAAUUACAGAAGGCUGUGAUCCUCUAAGGCAGAAGGAUGUGAAGCAUGAAUCGAAGGACAUAUUGGGAGAAGUUUCAAAGACUCAUCAUGCUAUACAAACACUGGAUAAGACAAUUUCAAAUUUGGAAAUGGAGUUGGCUGCUGCAAGGGCAGCACAGGAAUCUAUAAUUAAUGGGUCUCCCAUUUCAGAUGACAUGAAAAUCCCUAAAUCAACAGUGAAAAGAAAAUAUUUGAUGGUAGUAGGAAUUAAUACUGCUUUUAGUAGCCGCAAACGAAGAGAUUCAGUUCGUGCUACUUGGAUGCCUCAAGGUGAAAAAAGGAAGAAGCUUGAGGAAGAGAAGGGCAUCAUAAUGCGCUUUGUAAUUGGUCACAGUGCUACAUCUGGGGGUAUCCUUGAUAAGGCUGUUGAAGCAGAGGACAGGAAGCAUGGCGACUUUCUGAGAUUGGAGCAUGUUGAGGGCUACCUUGAAUUGUCAGCCAAGACAAAGAUAUACUUUGCCACUGCUGUUGCUUUAUGGGAUGCAGAUUUCUAUGUCAAAGUGGAUGAUGAUGUGCAUGUAAACAUAGCAACACUUGGGGCAACUUUGGCUAGACAUCGGUCCAACCCCAGGGUCUAUAUUGGUUGCAUGAAAUCUGGUCCAGUUCUUGCUCAGAAGGGAGUGAGGUACCAUGAACCUGAGUAUUGGAAAUUUGGAGAGGAGGGAAACAAGUAUUUCCGUCAUGCUACAGGGCAGCUAUAUGCUAUAUCUAGAGAUUUGGCUUCUUACAUAUCGAUUAACCAGCAUGUGCUGCACAAGUAUGCCAAUGAAGAUGUUUCACUAGGAUCAUGGUUUAUUGGAUUGGACAUGGAGCAUAUAGAUGACCGUAGACUGUGCUGUGGUACAGCAGAUUGCGAGUGGAAGGCUCAGGCAGGGAAUGUCUGUGUUGCCUCAUUUGAUUGGACCUGCAGUGGGAUCUGCAAAUCAGUCGAGAGGAUGAAGGAUGUUCACCGAAGGUGUGGAGAGGGUGAAAAUUCACUAUGGCAUGCAGUUUUUUGAAAAACAAUAUUGCCUCCAAACUCAGGGGGAUGCAUGUAGGUGGGCCAAAAAAAGAGAGGAAACACCCAGAUUUCUUGAGCUGGUUCGAGCAAUUUGUAUACAGAAAAUGAAUGUAAUUUCAAAAUGUAAGACAACAUAGAAUCGGGAGGGAGAAAGGUUCAUGCAGCUUAAGUUUCUUCUCCAUUUUGUAGGAGGAAGAGACCCCAAUAGCUGUAGUAAUGAGAGAGAGUGUGUGUUUGUAAUUAGCCAUUCUUCAAUUGCUUCCAGUGGGGCAUUUUGUAUGUCAACUCCAUAAUAAGUGCCGAUAUUUGUG